CACAAUUAUUUUGACAUACCUAUUACAAAAUAUUUUCUGUAACCUGUUCUCAACUUCUCAGACUUCAGGUUCUGUGGUUCUAAUUUGAUUCUACUUCUUGAAUUUUAAUGUCAGACGUGCUGUAGUGUAAACUGCUUCUAAUAGCAACUAGUAGACUUUAUUCAGUAACUAGCUAUUAAAUAACAAACCACAGUUUUCCAUAUUUAUAAAUAUGCCUGCUUAUGAAUUGGCUCUACUCCUACGAGCUAUGCCCAAAGGGGAAUUGAAGAAAACAUUAACUCGGAUAUCGUAUGCUAUUUUUAAUCGUGGUGGAAUUAUUAGAAAUAUAGAAAAUCUAGGAUUCAGAGCAAUGCCAUAUAAAACAAGUUCACAUGGCUUAGUGCACCGGGAAGCUAAUUAUUAUGUUUUUAAAAUUGAUACUGCUACUCAGUCAGUCGCUGAUUUAAAAGAAGAAUACAGUAGAGAUGUUGACAUAAUAAGGCAACGAGUGUUUAAAAUGCAGGAAAACACACAACCUUCACCAUGUACAUUAGCAGAAGAGCUACUUCCUCCCGCAUACAGAGAAGAAGUACAGAAAAUGGUUGAAGUUGGAAAAACACAAGUAAAUCGCUUUACCUAUAAAUUUAAAUAUAAUUCUGGUCUUGAUUACUAUCCCUUCCAAAAGUAAAUGUUUUAUUUCAUUUAGUUAGUUGUAUAUAGAGUAUAAUAAAUAGGUUUGGCAAUA